CUGACACAAAUUAGACGUUUGCUUCAAUCGUUAAAUUUUGACGGAUUCUCUAGGCCAAAAAUUCCAGUUAAUAUUGAAUCAUGCACACGUCCCUCAGUUUCCUGCUGAUUCUCUUCAUUAUAGGCGCGCUCAUCUGCAAGACACCGGUGCCGAAAGCUGCGGAAAAAACCAUAGACGAAGAAGACGUUUACAGGUUGGACGAUUUUUACGAUUCAGCAAGACCCCCACCGAUACAGCUGAACGACAAUCCGCUGUCUUCUAGCAAAUCUAGCGUUCGACCAAGGAUCAUGGAUCUCAUGAAGGAAUUCUUGGUGACUAACGAGCAGUUGAAAGAGUACGAAAGGCGGCUGGUCAUAGACCUGAAGAAGGGACUGAACAGGCAAACGCACAACACUUCGAUCGUCAAAUGUUUCGUCACCUACAUCCAAGACCUGCCCACUGGACUCGAAACCGGCACUUAUCUGGCGGUGGACCUGGGCGGCACCAACUUCAGGGUGCUGAUGGUCGAGCUAGGAGGGCCCGACCACCUGAAGAUGACCUCCAUGCAGUUCGCGGUGCCUCAGGAGAAGAUGCUCGGCACUGGCGAUAACCUGUUCUCCUACCUGGCCGACUGCAUCGCUAUGUUCGUCGAAAAGUACAACCUCAAGAACGGGAUGUAUUCCAUGGGGUUUACCUUCAGCUUUCCCCUGAGCCAGAAGAGCCUCAACAAGGCUCUCAUAGAGAGGUGGACCAAGGGUUUCAACUGCACUGACGUGGUCGGUCAAGACGUCGGUAAACUGCUGCAAGACGCCAUCGUCAGGAAAGGGAUGAAAAAUAUCAAGAUAAAAGUUGUGAUAAACGAUACCACAGGAACUCUGAUAUCUGGGGCGUGGAAAAACCCGGACUGCAAAAUAGGUCUCAUUAUUGGGACCGGCACGAACGCGUGUUACGUAGAAAAACAAAAAUGCGCCCAAUUGUUCGACAACAAGGACCGUGGUUCUGGCAAGGUCCUGAUAAAUACCGAGUGGGGCGCCUUUGGAGAUGAUGGGUCAUUGGACUUCAUCAGGACCAAAUACGACUUGGAGCUAGAUUCCCAAACCAUCAAUCCCGGUAGACAGGUGCACGAGAAGAUGAUUUCCGGAAUGUACAUGGGUGAAAUAGUCAGAGUUUUGCUCGUGCACGCAGUGAAAGACGGCAGUCUCUUCGGAGGAAAAGGUUCCAACUCCUUAUUCACCAGGAACAUGUUCCUGACCAAGUACGUGUCUCAGAUCGAGGGACAGAGGACCGGGACGCACGGCAAGUGCAUGCAGAUAUUCGGGGAUUUGGGUCUGCCGCACAUAACGGAGGAAGACUGUCUCAACGUUAGAUACAUCUGCGAGUGCGUUUCUUCUAGAGCUGCCUAUAUGGUUUCAGCGGGAAUCUGCGGUUUGAUCAGGAAAAUGGGGGAGAGGAAUGUUGCUGUAGGUAUUGAUGGAUCUGUGUACUUGCAUCAUCCCCACGUUCAUAGACUCAUGAUGAACAAGAUUCAAGAACUGCUGAUUCCUGGUGUGCAGUUCCAGCUGAUGCUGUCGGAAGACGGCAGUGGUAGAGGAGCAGCCUUGGCAGCAGCAGUUGCAGCCAAAUACGAGGCCUGAGACGUACACAGUGACACUUUCAACAAUUGUAAAAAUGUUCCGAAUAUAGAAUACAAAGUAAA